UUCAAAUCAAUGAGGCGAGCGAUAUGAAACAUACAUAAUUUGCAACACUUUGUGGGUGAUGAAACAACAGCCUUUAGAUUAGAUCGCCCACCCCCAACCUCGUGGCGAGAAUAGUUUAAUGGUAAAUAUCAUGGGUGAGUUUCACAACCUUCUCAUUGGCUCAGAAGUCAGAGACCCCGCCGUAUAAAGCGGGAGUGCCUCAUGUAGCGGUCUUUCACCACUGGCAGACGUUUUGGUUCACACUUGGAGUUGGACUGACGGGAAAACACCUUUUACGCGCAGAGCGCUUGGAGAGGUUGCUGAGGAGCGCACGCCGUUUUUCGAAGGAAACGGGAGAAAGACUUCAACAUCCAACAGAGAAACUGUUAGCUGAGGCAUCUGAGUGGGCAUGUGGCUACUGGAGAAGCUCCGUAGCUCUGUGGAGAGCAGUGGGACACAAUCCCAGCCCCCACAAACAGUAGAGGCCAUUCCUGUUUCUGUUUAUGCCAAUGUCCUUACUCCAGAGAAGAUCCCUGAUUUCUUCAUCCCCCCAAAACUGAUCUGCUGCCCACCAGAGGAGUCUCUCACCCCAGAACCACAGCAUUGCACAUUACGACCCUCCUCCUCUGACCAUGCUAUCUGCAGCCAGAGCCCCAGAGCUAGGAGCAGCAAGAACCCCUGCAGCCCUCGCCUCUUUUCCCGCCUUGGAAAUCUCCAGAAGUCAGCCAACCGUCACAUCAUCCAAAUAGAGAGCGCUGACGAACCUGGUGCUGGACCUGCAGACAAGGUCAGCGUUGACGUUAACACUAAUGCAGACCCCCAAUCACAGACUGCAAUGUCUCUACCAUACGUCCCCAAGGCUCAGACCUCCUAUGGCUUUUCCACCCUGGUGGAGUCUCCUCAUACUCGACGUAAGGAGAGCCUAUUCCACAGCGACCCCUGCAGCCCUCUCACCUCCCCGAACUCCCAGAGGCGAUCCCAAGGGGGGACUCUUCUGGCCCCAGCAGACCCAAACCCUUACCGCUAUUUCAGUGGUGGAGAGAGUGACACCUGCUCCUCAGCCGAGUCAUCCCCCUUUAACUCCCCUCUCCUGUCCCGCUCUGCCUCUCUCCUACGCUCCAUUACCCAGGAGACACAAGCCAAGGUCUCUCGUGCCAAGCGCUCCUUGGCACGCCACAGUUCUCUCUCCACUGAUGAUUGCAGCUCAGCAGACAACAGCCCCAACAUGCAGCGCCGCCGCAUGCGCUGCCCCCCCUCUCCUGCCUUUCGUGGAUGUAAAAGCAGUAUCUUAAGAGGGGCAGCUUCAGACCUCCUGCAGCGUGAGCACACUGUAAACCUCCACAAGGGGGGGACACUGAGGCUGAGCACUCACUACGACCCAGAGGCAGCUCGCCUGAGGGUGCGUGUGCUCGCAGCUGAGGCCCUUUACGACAGGCAAACGGACCUUAAAAGCAUUAACUGCUGUGUAGCACUCUAUCUGAAUCCUGGCAAGCAGCAGAAACAGAGGAGCACCAUCAUCAAGAAUAGCAGGAAUCCAGUAUUUAAUGAGGACUUUUUCUUUGACGCACUGCCCCAGUCACAAGUAAAGAGUCUGGCCAUGAAGAUAAAAGUAGUGAACAAAGGAACCAGUCUGAGGAGAGACGUGCUUCUAGGAGAAAGGGAGGUGCUGCUCAGUGAGCUGCUCGCGGGCCUCUAGGGAGUCCCCGUCAGACUUCAGUGAAAAUAAGCAGCUCCACGUCUCGAAGGCCCUUUCUAUCCCAGUCCACAGAUCUGAUACUGGGAAUGUGAAAGCAUACUGAUAAUGCUAAUGACAAAGGAGCUGCAUCUUGCACACUGUAUCAAUGGACAAAAAAUUAGGCCUGUGUAGAAUUAAAAGUUCCACUUGAGAUCACUUGGGCUCGGUCUAGGUCAAACAAAUGGAAACUACCGUUAUUUACAUGCUUAUCAGUAUAUUAGCAAUGUGAGCAGUGGAGCUGUCGUCCUUGACUAUUUCUCUCUAAGUAUUGAGUUACAAAAGGUGUUGCCUUCUCUGAUGAGCUUUGUGUUGUGGCUCAGUAUCAUAUCAGCUGUGAUGCAAUGAUGACUUUGUUUAAUAUGAAGCUGUAUUUUUUGUAAUAAUGCAGUAAUAUAACGUGCACGUUCCUGUGGAAAAUCAACAAUGCCUCUGUGUACUUGGUAAAAUGUAUAUUUGGGAAUUAGAUUUUAAUUGACCUUGGAUGUAAAAUUAAUGACUGUUACAUG